AUGGGCCGUUGCCUGAAGUUAACCACUAUAUUUAAGAUGAAAAGGCCUCAUACUGAUUAUGUUGGUAUCUCAUCCUAUAAGCGACAAAGGCUUGUCUCUGAUUUAGAGAAUUUAUCACUUAAUGAUGAACCCUUGCAAGGUGUUGGCGCUAAGAGGUACAGUUCAGGUUUGGAGUUAUGUUGUGAAAGACAGAUUGAUUAUGAGGUGUUGCCAGACUGUCUGAAAGAACAAAUAGUAGGGCUAGUACGUGGUGAUGGGGAAGAAGAUAAGACACUAAUUCAAACUAGGGUUUUAAGGAUGGUAUGGGAAGAUGUUUAUCAGAAGGGUAUGCAAGUAGUGAAGUGGGUUAAUUGGAAGGAAUAUAUGUAUAAGUCAUGGUUGAGCUGGUACCAGCGAUGGACUUAUAUGUUGGAGACGUUAGAAGAUGUUGAUAUGGAAAAUUACGAUAGCGACGUUGUUAUGGAGGACGUAGAUAUGGAGGGUUAG